UCCUACGUUUUGUGUAAAUAACAUUGUGAAAUUAUUCUUUUGAGAAAAUAUCCUUGAAUAAGAUUUUUUGCAAUGAUUUCCCACACUUGCGGUUUAAUUGAGUCUCCAUUGGGCCAGAUGGUGGCCACUGUCACUGCAGACAAUCGCUUGGAGAAGCUGGAGUUCCGCGACAGAUACAAAGGGCCGGCAUUGGACGAAGCAGAAGUGCUCAAAAGCACAAAAAAGCAUCGGAUUUUGCAGCAAACACAGAAAGAAUUGGAUGAAUACUUUGCUGGGAAGAGGCAGGAAUUCACAGUGCCACUUGUGGACGAAGAUCACCAUCUCCUGGCUGUCCCUUACGGUAAAACAUGGACUUACCAGGAAUUGGCAGAAUUCAUGGGAAUGCCAAAGGCUUUCCGGCAUGCUGGAAGAGUCUGCAAAACCAACAAUGUAUGCAUCAUAAUUCCAUGCCAUAGAGUGGUAGCCAAAAGUGGAAUUGUCAACUACGGAGCUGGUCCUGAACGCAAAACAUUCCUGCUGGAACUCGAGUCCAAGGUCAUUCAGGGAAAACUCAAGUAAAAAGCUUACUUUCUCUGCCAGUCACAAAUAUAUCUACCUCAAAUCUUUCAUACUUCAUGUAAACAUAAUAUCUUAACAAUUACUCAAGAAUUUUGUUUUGUUGA